GCCAACAUCGACGAGCCGACAGCGCGGAAGCAUUCUAACACUGAAUUUAACAGAUAACGGGUCAUUGGAAGAGAGCACAUAUCGACUUCAUUUGCACUCACUACCCAUCGCCACUUCUUCUCCACCAACGCAGACAAUCCGAUCUCAAGCAACAUCCACAACUCCAUCGAAACUCGUUACGCGUUCACCACCCGACCCAUCCAAUCCUUGCGUCAACUCGAAAUGUCACAAAAGCACUGACGCUGACGUCCAGAUGUCAGCAUCCUCAUGUACCAACUCCAGUUCAAUCAAAGCCCACAUGUUCCAGAGCCGUGGCCUUAUUACAACGCUCCUCGACAAAAUCUCGAACAAUAUCUCAAAUAUCAGCAACAAAUUCUCAGACAUCGCCACAUCCAUUAAAAACUUCAUCUUCGAGACCCCCUCCCCCGCAAUACCAUAUCCUUACUCCUAUAACACCUGGACUUACACCAGCAACGACCCCUACAACCCUCCCUCCACGCACUGCAACACCAGACCCCAACGCCAAUACAUCUAUUUCACCGUUCUCGAAACCGGAACCGAGUUCUGGAAAGAUGAUGUGUCACCCUCCAACGACACCGAGAAAGCUAUUCUAUAUGUGAAGACAGGCUUGCAAAUAACAUACUCGUCCCUCCUCUCCCGCUCCUUAUCCGACAAUGCUACAAAAAUAUCAGAGCAAUCUUAGAGGUUAUUAUAAGAGUUUGGUUAUUCAAGGAAUGAAGAAUUUGACACUAUCCCAACUUCAGUUCUCGGAUACAGUUAUAUUGGACCUGGAUAGGGAUGGCAUGUGUCACUUCCAGGACAUCCGUUUCGUCUGGACCAAAAACUUCCACCGAGGCACAAUGGGUGCUUCCAAUCUGG